AUGCCGCCGUUCAACCUUGUCUCUGGUCCGGCAAAGCUGGUGUUGGCCACCUUGCUCGUCCAGCAGGCCGCCGCCCAGAAAGCCAACGAAUCCAACGCCUCCACCUCCACCGUUAUCUCGUCCAUUGUGCUUAACGCAAUCAUCUUUGCUAUCAUCUUCGCCGUCUUCCUCCUCGCCCGUCCUCGCUUCAAGCGUGUCUACGCCCCCCGUACCUACCUCGUCGUUCCCGAAGAGCAAAUCGCUCCCCUUCCCCAUUCGCUUUUCGGCUGGCUUCCCGUAUGGCUCAAGACCCCCACCUCCACUAUUCUCGAGAAGAAUGGGCUCGAUGCCUACAUGUUUGUCGAGUACCUCGAGAUGAUGCUCUGGGUCUUUGUUCCUAUCUUCAUCCUCUCUUGGAUUGUUCUCAUGCCCACCUAUGGCGCCAACACCACUGGCGAAGGAACUGGUUUCAACCGCUUCAUUCUCAGUCGUGUCGGUUCUUCCGCUCAGCAGCAGAAGCGUCUUGUUGCUCCUCUUCUCAUCCAAUGGGUCUUCACCCUUUGGCUUCUCUGGAACAUUCGCUCUCGCAUGGCCAAGUUCAUCAAGCUCCGACAGGAGUUCCUCGUCUCGCCUCAGCACGCCGCUUCAGCUCAGGCCAGGACCGUUUUGAUCACCGGUAUCCCCAACGAGCUUCUUAGCGAGAAGAAGCUUCGCGCUAUGUACUCGCAACUUCCCGGCGGUGUUGCCAAGAUCUGGCUCAACCGCAAUCUCAAGGAGCUCCCCGAUCUCUACGAUGAGCGUGAGAAGUGGUGCAACAAGCUCGAGUCUGCCGAGACCAGCCUCAUCAAGACUGCUUACAAGCUCGUCAAGAAGAGCAAGGCUCAGGACGCCAGUGGCUCGCUCCCCGACGCCGAUGUUGAGACCAACGCCGAGGUGGCCGACCAGUACGUUCCCAAGAACAAGCGCCCCACUCACAAGCUUGGCAAGGUCCCCUGCAUAGGUGAGAAGGUGGACACCAUUCACUGGUGCCGAGAGAAGAUUGCUCGUCUCAACAAGCAGAUCGAGAAGAAGCGCUCCGAGAUCUCCGUCGACUACAAGAACUACCCUCCUCAGAGCAGUGCCUUCAUCCUCUUCAACACUCAGAUUGCCGCACACAUGGCCGCCAAUUCCCACGCUCAUCACCAGCCAUACCGCAUGACCAACCGAUACGUCGACGCUCACCCUGAUGACGUUGUGUGGGCCAACAUGAACAUGAACCCCUACGAGCGCAAGAUCCGCACUGCUAUCGGUUGGGCCAUCACCAUUGCCCUCAUCAUCUUCUGGGCUGUUCCUGUGGCAUUUGUCGGCAUCAUCUCCAACAUCAAAGGUCUCGCCAACGAUGUUCCUUUCCUCGGCUGGCUCAACUCGAUCCCCGACGUUGUCGUCGGUAUCAUCCAGGGUAUUCUUCCUACCGUUCUGCUUUCCGUCCUCAACAUGUUGCUUCCCAUCUUCCUUCGUCUCCUCUCGCGCCUCAGUGGUGUCCCUACUCGCAGCGGCAUCGAGCUCGACCUUCAGGGACGAUUCGCCGCUUUCCAGAUUGUGCAGAACUUCCUCUUCCUUACCUUGAUCUCUGGUAACGCCGGCCAGAUCGCUACCUACGUCACCGAUGUCGCUUCCCAGCCCACUCGAUUCCCUGGUCUGCUGGCCGAUGCUAUCCCCAAGGGUUCGCUCUUCUUCCUCAGUUUCAUCGCGCUUCAGGGUCUCUCGGGUGGUGCUGCGCUCUUUGGUCAGCUUCCUAGCCUUGCCGUCUACUACGUCAAGAAGCUCUUGCUCGCCUCCACCCCCCGUAAGGUGUGGCACAUCGACCACGAUGUUGGAGGACCCGCUUGGGGCACUCUCUUCCCUGCGAUGACGCUGCUCACCGUGAUCGGAACCGGCUACGUUGCCAUUGCACCCAUCAUCAACGGCUUUGUCGCUUUCACCUUCUUGAUCUUCUUCUUUGGCUACAAGUACCUCUUCCUCUAUGUCUACGACACCAAGCCCGCCGGCGAGACCUCGGGCCUCUUCUUCGGCAAGGCUAUCCGUCACAUCUUUGCCGGUCUCUACGUCGAGAUGAUUAUGCUCGCUGCCAUCUUCUUCUUGGCUCAGUCCGAGGACGCUGCCGGCAACAAGUCUCAGUCGGCCAUUCCCGAGGGUGCCUUCAUGGUCAUCUUGAUCGUUCUCGUCAUCGGAUUCCACUACUUCCUUAACGACUCUUUCAAGGAGCUCGAGACCGCCCUGCCCCUCUCGCUCACCGUUGGCAGCCACAGGGAUGCUCCGAACCACCUCGGCAAUAAUCGCACUUCGGGUGAGACAGCCUACAACGAGAAGAGGGCCCUUGCACACGGUCAGGGCAGCUCGAUGGUUGAAACCGCUCCAGCCAUUCAAGGUGGCGCUACCAACAGCAACGGCUACCACGCUGUUGGUACCAUCAGCGAGAAGCAGCACCAGCACACCGCUGCUGGUCUCACUCAGAAGCAGGAUUCGGCCUUCUACCACCCCUCGCUCACCGGCGAGCAGAAGCCUAUCUGGCUGCCCAACGACAAGUUCGGCAUCGGUCGUGCUGGUGUUGCCUCGGCUCGCAAGGCCGGUCUCGACGCUACCUACGAGCACACCUCGGUCACUGACAAGGGCCAAGUCCGGACCGACGCUUACGAGCCCCCUGGUGAGCUUCUGGUCUAG